GCUAACGAUCAAUCAUAUCGCUCACACUUAGGCCUGCCGUGUGACUCGAAGCCGUGUAUGAACAGAGGCUGGUGUAAGAACCGUCUGCUGCCGACCGACUCCUACUCGUAUGACUGCGUCUGUCAGCCUCCGUUCACGGGCAGAAACUGCGACGAGGGCGUAGAUACCGGCGUCACGUCGCAAGGUAAAGGGUCGGCCAUCAACUCGAAACCGCACACGCAACCAUUAGCCGUGACCCUUGAGACUGGCCCCUGCAGAUCGAACCCCUGCCCUCGCGACCGCGUCUGUACGGCAGACGAUAGAGGUCGCUACACGUGCGACUGUCCGGUCGGCAUGACGGGGUCUGACUGCUCCACAGAUAUCAACGAGUGUGACAGCAGCCCAUGCCCGAGAGAUCGACAGUGCGUCGACAGGGUGGGUGGAUUCUUUUGUGACUGUAAACCUGGCUUCACGGGAAACAACUGCGAUACAGAGAUCGACGAGUGUGCGUCGGAGCCGUGUAGAAACGGGGGUCGCUGCACGAACAAGGUGAAUAGCUACGCUUGUACGUGUCGGGCCGGCUACACAGGCGUCAACUGUCAGAUCGCGGGUACGUCAACAUUUCUUCGUCGAAAGUGUCGUUCACACGCGCUCAUGCACACUGGUGCUCCGCCUGGCUGCCAAGAGUUUGUUCUCGCCGACAUGGAAGCAUUACUUUCCGCUGUCUUUAAAGGAAAUCCGCCCUUGCAUCUACUUCAGCCCAGAGUGAAUAACGGAAUGAAGGAUUGCGAAACGGCGAAGACGAUCGGUGUGGAAAUUCGGGCCUAA